AUGGAAGGAGGUGGCCAGCGUAACCCUCAGUUUAGCUCGGGUGAAACCCCGACCGUGCCACGAUCGCUUCACCACGCUACCAUUCUGCAGUCUGAAUCACAGGCCCAAGCACAUGCGGGCACAAUCCGUGCCAAUAUCAGCGAGACAGUCGCCACGGAUCUGAUGCACCACCGGCCCUUCGCUCCGUCACCGCACUCGCCCCCCUCUACUGCUAACACUAUUCCUUACGAACCUACCCACGCAACAAUGGACGUGGAUAGCAACAGUGUUGACGAUCGGGCUCGACGAGCUACAAGUGUCUUGUCAAUGGAUGACAUUGAAGCUGCUCAGGCGCUCGAAGGUCUUCGUUCAGAUUUCGCAUAUACUCCUCCUCGUCAUACUCCUAUACCACGGUCACAUCUUCCGCAGGCCCAGCAUUCCAACUCUGAAUGCGAGCCGUCCCAAGCCGAGCCUUUAAUCUCUCUUCUUACUUCUUCCCACCCGUUGAUAUCAUCUGCCAUUAACAGUUCUGUGUCGGCUUAUACAUCGUCCAAGUCAUAUUCGUCACGGUUCAAGUACGGAGCAGAGUUCCUCGAGAGAAAUAUUGGAUCGCCUGUUGCCAAUACAGUAGGCACCGUCAGUCGCAAGACUGGUGUGGAAGGGGGUCUCCGAUGGGCACUUCAGCGCCGGGAUACCGGUGAAUCAGCCGAGAGGAGGAAACGCCAGAAGACGACUGCUAGCAGCGGGGGCCCAGACGAAGCUGUAGACCUUGAAAAGUCUUUGCCACCACCCGAUGAUAUGCAGCACAAUCGAUCGGUUUCCGAGAUGUCGUAUUCCGAAACUCUACCUCCGUACGAUGAUCACAAAUCCCCCAAUUACGAGGAUAUUCAGCAACAUGAGCAGCCAAGAAAUGGCUCAGAGCAGAACAAGACAUGGCAGAGCCGGCUGAUGAUCUCAACUUCUGGUCUCGGAGUUGCGAUGAGUGAUGAAUCUCUUCGUCGGUUGACGUAUUGCCUGAAAUGGCUCAAGUGGGCAAACAGCCGCCUCAACCAUGCGGUACUGGCUUUGAAGAGUAUGCUCGAGAAAUGGGAAGAAGAUAAGAAUGAGAAAUCUACAGACGAGAAUUCUUCCCGGAAUCGCGCCCUCCUAUCACAGCACAUUCAAGCUGUCAAGGAAGAUGUAUUGCGAACUCUCAAGCAAGUUGUGGAUGUUGUGUCUAAAUACACUGGCGGAGCACUGCCAGAUAAUGCCCGAAACUUAGUCCGCCGUCAUUUAGUUUCGCUACCCCAGCGAUUUAGGAUCGCGUCGACAUCCAACCCGUCACCUGAAUCUGCUGCUUCAAGCUCCGAAGAAGCGACUAGCGCACAUCGCGUUCUUGUGCUCGCUCAGGAAGGACUUGAGAUGAUGUCGCAGGUUCACCGUGUCGUGGACGAGACUUUGGUCAGCGCGCAAACAUGGUGUGAGCGUCUUGGGCGUAAGCUACCGGACUACAAGGAUGAUCACCGUCAGUCGCUGGAAGACCCCAAAUUCAUGGCAGCUGAUAGAUCGCAAAACACACCAAAUAGCCAGACAUCUGUAGCCGCUGAUGUCAAGCAACCUAUUCACAAUGUCGAUGUUGAAAUGGCAGACACUAAUACUCUUUGA